ACUGGAUAUAAUGAUAGAUGUGGCAUCAGCAAUGGAGUAUCUUCACCAUGAUUAUUUUGUACCAGUCGUUCAUUGUGAUUUGAAACCCUGCAAUAUUUUGCUAAAUGAAGAAAUGGUUGGUCAUGUCAGUGAUUUUGGGAUAGCCAAGUUCCUAGAUGAUGAGCAAAGCAUGGCACAUACAAAGACCUUGGCUACAUUUGGGUAUAUUGCUCCAGAAUACGGAUCUCAAGGGCUGGUAUCAAUUCGGAGUGACGUUUACAGCUAUGGUAUUGUGUUGAUGGAGACAUUCACAAGGAUGAAACCAAGUGAUAACAUUUUCUCUGGGGAUUCAACCUUAAAGCACUUGGUAGAGUCUUCACUACCAAAUGCAAUAACUCAAGUCAUAGACUUGAAUUUAUUGCCUCAAGAGCAAAUUGAAAUAUUCACCAAGCAUGUAGAAUGUGUUACUUCUAUUAUGAAAGUAGCCUUGAGAUGUUGUGAAGAUGCACCUGAAGAAAGGAUUAGCAUGAAAGAUGUUUUGGUUGCACUCAAGAAGAUCGAACUUCAAUUUCUUGGUAGGAAUGCAUUAGCUUAAACAUUGAAAAUAAGCAUAUUUCACACAAGACUUGUUAUUGUGUUGUUUUU